AUGAGUGACACCAACGCCCUCUUCGCUCAGCUGUUCGGCGACAACGGACAAGCCGCGUUCGACGCGAGCUACCUCGACCUCGGAGGAGGAGGAGGAGCGGGAGGAGCUGGGCUGGGAACGAGUGAAGGAGGGACAACGGACUCGCUCUUCUCGUCCGCCGCAUUCGGUGCGCUCGACUCGUCGAUCCCCAACAUGCACGGGCGCGAGGCGUCGGGCUCGUCGGGGUCGACGUCGAGUGCGGAAGUCGCGAGCGGGACCGUCGCGCCUGCCGACCUCAGUCCGGCUCAAUCCCUCUCUGGCUCGACGGCCGCCAAGUCGACGGGCAAGAGGGCGAAGAAAGAUACGAGGAAGGACAGCGCUGCGUCGCAGGGCGAUGGGAGCGAGGACGGCAAGGAUUCGGGUGGGAAGAAGACGAAGCGCACGAGGAACCGCAAGCCGUCGUCUUGCGCCCAAUGCCGCAAGAAGAAGCUGCGUGCCAAACUCGAGGCGAGGUGUGGGGCGGAACCUCUGUACAAGGCGAGGGAUCAGGCGGACAACGAGGAGUUGCGCGACCAAGUCGCUCGCCUCGAGUCGCUCGUCCGCUACCUCACAUCGCAGCGCCAGCAGGACGAGCUCUCGUCCCCGAACGGCGUCUUCGAGGAACCGCCUUCGCCCGGCGCCGCCUCCGUCGACAACUUCCCCUCGAAGACGAGUCGUCAAGGUUCCGCCUCUGCAUCACACGCUCCCAACACGCCCAAGUUCGCGAUGGACCUCCGCGCCAACGACCUCUGCGAAGGCCUCGCCCAGCUCGCCAUCAAGGAGUUCGUCGUGGUCGAGGGUUCCGGCACCGACAGCUGGGCGCCAGGCAACAAGCGCGGGCUCGAGUUCGUCGACGAGGCGCAGCAGUUCGUCGAGCACAUGCCGCAGCAGUUCGGCGUCGCCCAGUCGCCCGCUUUCGUUCUCGGCUCGUCUGCGUCAACGAGAAGCGGCGCACCGAGCGAGGCGGGCGCCUCGCCUGCGCCUAGCAUGAUGAGCUCGGCGCCGUCGCCGCUCAGUCCUGGCGCGCUCGGAACAGCCUCUUUCGGCAAGGAGGCGCCGCCGCUUUCCGAGGCCCUCAAGUUCCUUCCUAUUCACGAGCAGGCGCUCUCCGCCUACAAGUACUUCAGCGGCUACGUCUCCUGGUACGCCCACCCAGUCCACCUCCAGUCUUUCGAGGAGAAGUGGCGCGACCUCGAAGCGGCCCUCCGCAUCCCCGACGAGGAGCAGCGCAACAAGGCCAUCGACCCGUUCUUUAUCGCCACCUUCCUCGGCGUCCUCGCUACCGGUCUUGCGAUGAUGCCCGUCAAGCGUGCGAUUCGCGACGGAUUUGGAGCGGACAAGGACAAGACGGUCGAUUACUGGCUCGAAGGAGCGAUGAUCGCCUUGACGUGCGGCAGGUUCCUCGACAACCCCUCAGUCGAAGCCGUCCGCGCCACGGUUGUUAUCUCGACCUACUUCGUCUUCAUCUCGACCGGCGAACGCAGCGGCGCCGGCAUGGGUCUCCUCUCGCUUGUCGUCCAGAUCGCCCUCAGUCUCGGACUGCACCGCGACCCCGACCGCAGUCCGGGCAAGUACACCUUCUUCGAAGCCGAGGAGCGCAGGAGGCUCUUCUGGAACUUGUUCAUGCUCUGUAUCCUUUCGUCGGCGAGUCUGAGCAGGACGUGGGCCGUCUUUGACCUCAACGGGGUUGAUACCAAGCUCCCGCUCGACUGCCACGACCACGAGAUCCUCGACGAAGCGACUGCAAUGGCCGGCGUCGAGAAGCGCAGGGCCAAAUUCGAGGAGACGCCCAUGACCUCGCUCAUCGUCAAGAUGAGGCUCGCCGUUCUUGCCCGCAAGAUGAACGACCGCGCCUUCGGCAUCCACCCUGUUCCGUACGAAGAGAUCCUCGCCCUCGACGCCGAGUUGCGCGAGUUUGAAGAGUCGAUCCCGUCGCGCUACCAGCUCCGCCUCGACCCGUCCGGCGCACUCCUCCGGCCGACGACGCACGUCACGGUCACCGAGAUGAGGGCCUGCAUGAUUCAGAUCUCGCUCGCCGGCGAGUUUCUCCGUCUCCACCGCCCUUGGAUGCUUCUCGCCGCCACCGACAAACGGUACCAGUACUCGAGGUCGCAGGCCAUCAAGUAUGCCAAGCUCUUGCUUGCCGUCUACCGUUCGCCUUCGUGCUCAGGGAACAGGUGGGGAGGUCUCAGCUACAAGGCCACAAACGCUGCAAUCGUUCUCGGCGUCGAGAUCCUCGCCUUCCCCGACGGCUCCGAAGUCAGCCAGAUCCGCUCGAUGCUCAACGCCGUCUACAAGCAGAUGGAGCGCCAGGCUUCCCUCUCGAGCCUCUGCCGCAAAGGCAGUCGCGUCAUCCGCUUCCUCCUCGACAAGGAAGCAGCGCUAUCGGCGCUGCGCGAUCAGCGAAGGCAGAUCAAGCGCACUCGCGUGGACGAGUCGGGCGGCGAUGCCUUCCCGUCUCGCGCGCUCAGGACGGCGCUCGACCCGAACCUCGUCACUCAGCCUCUCUUUAUGCAUGACCGCGAGGAGGAGACGCUCAUCCACAAGACGGACUCGUUCAGCUCGCCGAGCGACUACUUUUCGGCCGUUCCUGCCCGCAACUACCCGACGGCUCCCCUCCACCAGCAGUCGACAGGACCGCGCCCGGUUCCUCACCCUCUGCCUCGCCCAACUAGGGCUGCACCCUCGACCUCAUCGAUCCAGCAGCCGCCUCCCUCUGCCUCUUCCAACUUCCCCGAACUCGCCGGCACCUUCGAAUUCGACUUUCGUCUUCCCCAACAUGUCCCCUACGCCUCGCCCGCCGCGACUCCCUUCUCACCUUACGCUCAGCCGCCGAUGUACACCCAGCCUCCCAUCUACUCCUCGCAACCGCCGUCUCAGUCCACUUCGCCCGCCUACCCUUUGUCGUCUGUACCUGUUUCGUCUGCUUCGCCCUUCCCUCCUUCGUCGACCAUCGACCAAAAGGUCCCGCUGUACCCGCCUUCUUCGCAGACGGCCUUCACCCCGCGCUACUGA